GGGUUUGGGGACGCUCGCCCCGGAAGCUGGCCGUAGGGGUGGAGAGAAGACCCGGGCGUCUGGAGACGCCGCGCUGGCCCGGUUCUGUGUGUGGAAGCUGGGAACGCGGUGCUUCCCGGACCCUCCCUCAUCCUGUAGGACAUGGACGCCGUAGCACAGUUUUUAUUUGUAAGCCGCGAAGGGCGGUUUUGUUGUCAUGGCCCCGGGACUUGCCUCGUCUCUCGGACCUGAUCGGGGAUGAGAGAAAUACUAUUAGCUUGUGUUUGUUUUGUCUUUAAGAGCAGUCAGUUUAGUUGGUCUUAACUGACCCGCCUAUGGCUCUUGAGAGUGAAAAAGAAACCCCAGACCUGGUGCAUCUGAAUCAGACAUUCAGGAGUAACUGGGAAACGGGGUUGCCGGAGCAGCGGGGCGGGGGCGGGGUAGGUAGAUGCAUCGACUGCUCCUCUGGACGGCUGGGCUCCAAGGCAGGGGCUCGACACUAGGCCUUUUGGGUGUGCCCAUUGCAUAUGAUAACAUCAAAGUAGUGGGUGAGCUGGGAGAUAUUUAUGAUGACCAAGGACACAUUCACCUUAAUAUUGAAGCCGAUUUCAUUAUUUUCUGCCCUGAACCAGGGCAGAAGCUUAUGGGUACAGUUAAUAAAGUGUCUUCCAGCCACAUUGGCUGUUUAGUGCACGGGUGUUUCAAUGCCUCCAUCCCUAAACCUGAGCAGAUGCCAGCUGAGCAGUGGCAGACCCUGGAGAUAAACGUGGGUGAUGAACUGGAAUUUGAAGUAUUUCGUUUAGACUCAGAUGCUGCUGGAGUAUUCUGCAUUCGGGGAAAACUAAAUAUUACUAGUUUACAAACCAAGUGCUCUGCAGUUUCUGAAGAAGUAACAGAAACUGGCACCGAAGAGGCUGUUGAGAAACCUCCAAAGAAGAAGAAAAGGAAGAAGAAAGACCCAGAGCUGGAUGAAGGAGACGGGGGAGCCCCCGAGCUGGCCCAUUCCGCAGAGGCUGCCCCAAAGGGGGACACAGGCGCGCAGGUUGCUGGCAACGGGAACGGCCUCUGGGAGGAAGAGCCGAAGGAGGAGAGGAGGAAGAAGAGGAAGAAGAAAGGCCCAGAGCUGGAUGAAGGAGACGGGGGAGCCCCCGAGCUGGCCCAUUCUGCAGAGGCCGCCCCGGAGGGGGACACAGGCCUGCAGGUCGCUGACAAUGGGAACGGCCUCUGGGAGGAUGAGCCGAAGGAGGAGAAGAGGAAGAAGAGGAAGCAGCAGCAGGAGGAUCAGGACCAGGACCCUGUUUUCCACGGCAGUGACUCCAGUGGUUACCAAAGUGACCAUAAAAAGAAAAAAAAAAAAAGAAAGCACAGUGAGGGGGCUGAAUCGACCCCACUUUUGGAACACUCUCCUAAAAAGAAGAAAAGAAAAUGACCUGCUUCAGUACAUUGCAAAUACGAUUCCACUUUUAAAAUACUGAGUUAUACACAGUAGAUGAAAUGUUUGAACGAUAUGAAAUAGUUCUCAAAACAGGAAACUAUUGAUUAGGAGUGUUUGGUGCUAAAAUUGCAAAACUGAUAAUUUGGGAAAUGCCAAUAUUAUUCAAGUGCCAUUUUACUGUAUACAGAGUGAAAGGUAAGAUCUGCUCUCAGUCUCAACUCGCAUUCUUCCAGUUCUUACAUUCUAAAGAGUUAUUUCUACAAUGUCAGUACUAGCAAAAGGACUUUAUAAUGCAGUGUUAUAUUAUUAAAGAAUGAAUUUGAGCUUG